AGUGAUCAGGCUGCUCAGAUUGCAGGAUAUAUGGGGGAGGGGGUGGCUGCUGGGGACCUCAGGUUACAAAACAGUUCUGCUGUAACAGAUGAAAACAGGAGUGUUUCAGUUAGAUCCCGCACCUCAACAGCAUCUUCUAAAUUAACGGACAAAAGUUCGACAAGUUCGUGUGAGAAUUACAUCAGAGAUCUGCGCCCACCACUUACAGUACUGCAACCGUCGCGCGACGCGUACGAGGCGUACAGUGCACAUGGCUCCUUUACCCCAAAUCCUAAGCGCAAGAUCACAAGAGAACAGCCUCCACCUGCUCAAUCCCCUCUCAAAAACAAGUAUCAAGAAGAAAUGCAGAUAGUUGAGGAGAAUAAGAAGUUAAGAGAGAAGUAUCAGGAUUAUAAGAACAAGUAUAAUAAUGUAUUAGCCCAGCGAAUAUCAAAAGAGAGUUAUUUGAAGCUGCAAGAAGAUUAUUACAAAAGUUUAAAGAAGACCGAAGAGUUGGAAGAGGUGUACAAAACUUCGAGCGAAGAAGUGUUGGCGCUGAAACAGCACAUUAACGACCUCAGCCAGGAAAAUAACACUCUCAAGAAGGAACUGGCGAUAAAGGAUCAAGUUAGCGAAGUGGACAAGCAAAUAAAGGAGGUUUGCAGGGAACUACAAGAAGCCAUGGCACGAGACAGAGAAAAGUACGUGGACCAAAUAGAACAAUUCACCGACAAGUAUGAAGACCUGGCUAAGACGUUCACCAACACUAUGUCCAAUAUGGAACAGAAAUACAAAGAAGAUGCGCUCCGACGAUCUCAACUUCACAAAGCUCAAAUAGACAAGUUUCACGAAAACUUUGCAAAUUUACAGAACCUUGUUGACAUAGCUAAAAUAUUUGAUUCCACCAGUAGUGAUGGAAACGGGUCCGUAUAAGUUUUGAGAUGUGUAGUUUUUGAUGUAACAUUAUUUUCGAUCAAGUAUCUAUGAUCAAAUAACAAUGAUGUAUCCAGACUUCCAGAACUUGAUA